AGUUUUUGGAAAUGUCGAAUGGCUGAAGGUUGGCUGAGAUUGCUAUUCAGAGAAAUACUUCGUAAAUGUAUAGAAAUAUCUGUUACAAUAAUUUUACAGUCAUUAGGAGUAUUUAUCCUUAGCACAAAUAUUUUAGUAUCAUUUAUAGUUUCUACUGUGGUAUAGAAGGAGUGGCUGGAAAUAUAAAUAACCUGUGAAAUGGACGUUUUUCUAUUCAGUUUUCCGUCUCGUAAUUUGAAGUAAGAAUUUUUUGAGUGGUUGUAAAAGAAAGUAUCGUUUACAUUCUUUAAAGUGCAAGUCUCACAAGAUAUGUUACGCGUAUUAUUGUUGGAUUGUAGAAGUAACACAUUCCGUGCUAACCGAUUAUGUGGAGAACAGUGGCUUUGUGUGUAAAAUGUGUUCUAAGCAGAUUAAUUUAAUUAAAAAGUGUUUUUGCGGUGAUACUGUUCGUAUUCGGAUGUUACCGUAGGAUUGCCAUGUCCAGGCUCGUUGACUACUUCGUUAUUGUGGGUUUUGACCACGAAAAAGAAAGGGGCGGCCUCAGCAACGGUAUCAUACUCCAGCGGUUCCCGGAGACGAAUUGGGACGACACGCCCUUCCACGACGGGAUAGAAUGGUUCUGCCAGCCGCAAGGAUGGGCGCUGUCCACGGAACGCUCGGAGCCACGUUUCUACGUAUCGGUGCUGACAGACGUCGACGCAAACAGGCAUUACUGUGCAUGUCUCUGCUUCAACGAAACUGUCGCAAUCACACCUACCAAACCUGCAGACGAGGACGAAGAAUCUCUGGAUUCAGCGAGACCUGUGUCCAAUAUAACCCACCACAGUAUCAUGUACGCUCCCAAAUGUCUCGUCAUUGUCUCCCGCCAGGAUUACAUCGACACUUUCAGAAACUGCUUGGGUAUAAUCUACACGGUUUGGGUGGAAAAUUUAGGCGUGCCCUUAGAGACAUUGGUCGGGAAUCUGUUGGGGUGCGUACAGGUGCCCGGCGCCGGUGGGCCGCAGGUUCGCUUCAGCAUUGGCGCCGGCGACAGGCAGGCGCUGCAACCGCCCGCUGCACCGCCUCUGCCUGUCACGCAUACGUCUGUGCAUAUGUUGCUGAGGUUACUGGGCAUCCACAAUUCUGUAACAUUAUGGUGUGCGGUUAUGAGCGAGCACAAAGUGUUGCUAGUUUCUUUGGCGGCGGCGAGAUUAGCCGCGGCGUGUCGUGCACUUGCGGCGCUCAUGUUCCCGUUCCGUUACGCCCACGUGUACAUACCAUUGUUGCCCGCGGGCUUGGCUGAAGUGUUGGCUACUCCGACGCCGUUUCUCAUUGGGGUACACUCCAGUCUGAAGGAGGAAGUCUCCGAAUUGUUGGAUGUAAUAGUAGCGGACUUAGACGUAGGCUCGCUUCACAUUCCCGUGGGUGUUAACAUUCCGCAACCGGAGGGGGAUCUACUGUCCACCCUUCAGAGGUCUCUAGCUUUAGUGCUGCAGCCGGAGCUCCGGUCUGCGGACUCGGCCUUCGCCCCGCCACCCCCCGCCGCGUCGCCCCCGCACAUGCUAGAUAAAGAGAUUCGAGCGGUUUUCAUGAGAACUUUGGCGAGACUACUGCAAGGAUACAGACACUGUCUGACGAUAAUCCGCAUCCAUCCUUCCCCCGUGCUGACGUUCCACAAGCUCGGCUUCCUGGGUCGCCGCGGGCUAUCCACGUGUCCGUUCGCCGUCAGAUUACUGGAGUCCAUGUUCUUCAACGGUCUGGUGGCUGAACGUGGACCACCGUGGAGAGCCACCGAUGUCUGGGAUGAUCUGUUACAAAAUCUCCCAGAGCAACUUCGCCUCGAAGGUCUGAAUCCAGAGCUGGAGUUGCAGCACAUCCAGGACCUCGCCAUGCAGUUGCACCUGAACGAGAAUCCCAACCCGCAGGCAUAUCAACAACGUGUUCUCCGUCCGCCAGAGGGCGCUUCUUCGCGUAUUCAUCAACCGCCGUUGCCCACACUCGAUCACAGCAAGGUGCGGGAUGUACUUAAUGAGCUCGCCACCAGACAAACCGCCAUAGAUAGUAAAAUGUCGAUACGCGCACCGCAGCCGCGCAUCGUGCCGCCUGCAGCGCCACCCACCGGCGCUGCUGAACUAUCGCACGCGCUACUCACUAACUCCGCCAGGCGACUGGAGGUGGUACGCGGUUGCGUAUCGGCGAUAUUCGAGUGUCGUUACGCGGACGCGCGUAAAUCAUUCCCGGCGGUGUUACGCGCGUUACGCGCCCCCGCCGCGCGCGCCGCCCUCACGCGACAUCUGGCGGCGCGCCUGCCCACCAAUAAGCAUCUGCUGCACCAUCACCAGUUUGAGCUCGUCGUCAGAUUGAUGAACUGCGCAUUACAAUCGACCACAGCUUUAGAUGAACAUUCCAUAGCGGCGGCCAUGUUGCCUUUGGCUACCGCGUACUGUAGGAAACUGUGCACAGGCGUUAUUCAGUACGCCUACAUGUGUAUACAGGAGCACCAGGUGUGGACAAGUCAGCAGUUCUGGGAAGCGGCAUUCUAUCAGGACGUGCAGAGGGACAUCAAGGCACUGUACUUGCCCAGCCCUACGCAACACCAGAGGGUGUCUAGUCCGAGGGAGGAUGAGGAGUAUAUUUCACUAUUAAAAGCUCAAGAGCCGAGCGCAUUAGAGAUCGCUGCAGAACAAAUGAGACUCUGGCCGGGUGUACUACCAGAAAAACAAAAAGAGUUGAUAGCGAGCGAGGAAUCGACGUUGUACAGCCAAGCCAUCCAUUACGCGAAUAGGAUGGUUUACCUGUUACUGCCACUAGAGGGCGCCGGAAGGCGUGCCGACGUGAGAGGUGACGACGCCGACAGAGCCAGUAACAGUAUUACUAAUAGCGUAGCCGAAUCAGACAGUGCCGACGCUGAGUCUGGCUUCGAAGAAGCUGACCCGGGCGAGGCGGGAAAUAAUGUUAUCAAGAUGGUGUCGAGAUUUGUGGAUAAAGUACGUAGGCGGGAUGAUAAAUAG